UGGGCCAGCGGGCCAGGCCCCUCCUCCGUUAUUAAUCCCUCCGUUUGCUGCCAGGUUGUGAGGAAGGGAGAAAAAAACACAAGCAGCCGCGAGGCGGGCCGCCCGGUUCCCUCACACGCCGCCGCCUUCGCCCGCCUCAAUUCCUCCCCUUCCCCUCGCCAGGCCCGUGACUCUCUCCGAGCUGGGCCCGGCGCGGCCGCCGCCUCCUGCAUGUCUUUACUGCCCUCAGCCCCGCCGCCUGAGCAGCCGCCUCAGCCCCGCCGACCGACGCCCCGCGGGCUGGAUGCAGACUAACAGGGAUGCCAAAGGAAAAAUAUGAUCCUCCAGAUCCUCGCAGAAUUUACACCAUCAUGUCAGCGGAGGAGGUAGCCAAUGGGAAGAAGUCCCACUGGGCAGAAUUGGAAAUCUCGGGUAGAGUGCGGAGUUUAAGUACGUCACUUUGGUCGCUAACGCACUUGACUGCUCUACACCUCAACGACAACUAUCUGACCCGCAUUCCACCUGAUAUUGCCAAGCUUCAGAAUUUGGUUUACCUGGAUCUUUCCUCCAACAAGCUCAGAAGUUUACCAGCAGAACUAGGAAACAUGGUAUCUCUCAGGGAAUUGCUUUUAAACAACAACUUGUUACGAGUUUUGCCUUAUGAACUUGGCCGGCUGUUCCAGCUGCAAACACUAGGUCUGAAAGGCAAUCCUUUAUCGCAAGAUAUUCUCAGCCUGUACCAGGACCCAGAUGGGACACGAAAACUAUUGAACUACAUGCUUGACAAUCUAGCAGUUCAUCCAGAGCAGCUGCCUCCAAGGCCGUGGAUUACUUUGAAAGAACGAGACCAAAUCCUGCCCUCAGCUUCAUUUACCGUCAUGUGUUACAACGUAUUGUGUGAUAAAUAUGCCACCCGACAGCUCUAUGGCUACUGCCCGUCCUGGGCAUUAAACUGGGAGUACAGGAAAAAGGGAAUCAUGGAAGAAAUUCUUAACUGGGAAGCAGAUAUCAUUAGCCUUCAGGAAGUAGAAACCGAGCAAUACUUCACCCUCUUUCUGCCAGCAUUAAAAGAUCGUGGAUAUGAUGGGUUUUUUUCUCCAAAGUCACGUGCCAAAAUCAUGUCCGAGCAGGAGCGGAAGCAUGUGGACGGUUGUGCAAUAUUCUUCAAAACAGAAAAGUUCACAUUGGUGCAGAAGCACACGGUUGAGUUCAACCAAGUGGCUAUGGCAAACUCAGAAGGAUCAGAAGCUAUGCUGAACAGAGUGAUGACAAAGGACAACAUUGGAGUCGCUAUAGUGUUAGAGGUGCACAAAGAACUGUUUGGAGCAGGUAUAAAGCCGCUUCAUACAGUAGAGAACCAGCUGCUUAUUAUAGCAAACGCCCAUAUGCACUGGGACCCUGAAUAUUCAGAUGUUAAACUUGUCCAGACCAUGAUGUUUGUCUCUGAAUUGAAAAAUAUCCUUGAGAAAGCCUCCGGCAGGCCUGGAAGCCCAACAGCGGAUUUGAACUCCAUCCCUCUGGUGCUCUGUGCAGAUCUUAACUCGCUGCCUGAUUCAGGUGUUGUGGAAUACUUAAGCAACGGAAUAGUAGCCGACAACCACAAAGACUUCAAGGAACUGCGAUACAACGAGUGUCUGAUGAACUUCAGCGGCAAUGGGAAGAACGGCGCUUCGGAAGGGAGGAUCACGCACGGCUUCCAGCUCAAGAGCGCCUAUGAAAACAACUUGAUGCCUUACACAAAUUACACCUUUGAUUUCAAAGGUGUGAUUGACUACAUUUUUUAUUCCAAUACUCACAUGAACGUGCUUGGUGUCUUGGGGCCUUUAGAUCCUCAGUGGCUGGUUGAGAACAACAUCAGCGGAUGCCCUCACCCUCACAUCCCUUCCGACCACUUCUCACUGUUGACGCAGCUUGAGCUCCACCCGCCCUUCCUGCCUCCUGUCAACGGCAUCCAUUUGCCCACCAGGAGGUAGUGGAGCCCUGCCCCUUUGGAGGGCUGGGACCUGUUCAUUUGUUUAUGGACCUGUACAGUUGUAAAUCAAAGUAUGUAGGAGUGAAGUAUGGCCAACCUUUUAAAAAGCUGCUGCUUCAAGCUCCUUUCAUUAUGUGUUUUGAUGAUACGACUUUGCACCUUUUGGAGUGCAGAUUGGUACCGUUUGGCACUAGGGCUGGAACCAAAGUUUAUUGUUUGUUCCCUUUCAUAGUUUUUGUUUUUAAGAGAUCUCUCUGUCUAUAUAUAUCUAUCUAUCUAUUUUAAACUGGCGAGCUUUAUUUGUUUCAUUAGGAAGCUGCCUUUAAAACAGACAAAUCAGCCCAGAGGGUUUGCAGGUGCAUAUACACUCAUAGCUAAUGUUUUUUUCCCCUUACCCUAGCAAAAACAAGCCUCCCCCUCCCCACUCAACCCCCCCCCUUGUUAUUUUGCUUCUUUAAAAGCAUCCACAAAUAGAUUCGAUACAAUUGAGGGGUGGGUCUUGCCGGGAAAGGUUUUAUAAUUGGAAAUGCCAUCUUCAGAGCACUUAAUAAUUUACAAAAAGAGUAAAUUUGUCGAACCCACUAUCCCCUCGUCACCAAAACAUCAGAUUAAUGUAGGAAUCCAAAGGCGACAUUAGACCUAAACGACGCUUUGCUGUAGGAGAGGUGGGAAUGUUUAGCUCUUUUAGAGAAUUUGCCUGUGGGCUUCAUGUAGGGCCGAUCUACCAGUGUCUUCUGCUCUGCGGAAGCUCCAUUAUGGUUACAUCCUAUAUGGGCCCCAUUCACAUAAAUGCCACUUGCCCACAGCAGGGGAGUUACAGCACCCCUGACGUUGUGAGCUAUGCACAUUGCUGUCUCGCAUUGUUCAUUGAAGAGGUCGCAGAAGCUGAAGGCGGGGAAGGCUUUGUCUAGCCCGAUGGGGCUUACCUGCUGGCUUGCAAUCCUACUUUCUCCCACCAGAGAACACUGUGGUAGCAGUCUCAUUUGUAAAGCCUCGGGAAAAUGCCUGUAUUGUUUUUAUUUAGUGGGGGAAUAAAAUGGAAUCUGAUGGCUCACCAAAGGAAAAGAAACUGCAUAAGUAUGAGAGAGAGAGAAUUUGUAAUUGUAAACAAUAGGGAGGGGUGACAGAAUACUUCAGUUGCCAGAAUUCUUGUGUGUUGGAGUUCACAAAGAGGGAAAUGUGCAAAGUGCAGGUUCCUUUUGUUCUUUUAAAUGAUAGUGCCUCUUUCCUCUCCAAACUGUUUUGGAAUUGUUCAGCCUGGAUGGAGGGGAGGAGACAGAGAGCUAAGCUACAAGUGACGCCUGACACAGGUUGGACACUUGUCAGUUUCCCUCAAGUUUUGAUGGGAA